AAAAAAUACGGGUACUUCCGUUGGCUGAAACGAAAUGGCUGCCUUCCACUGCAGAGCAUAUUUUGCGCGCUUCGUAGCAUUUUAUUGAUAUGCUGUCGUGUGUUUACAGAUAUAGUCUAAUUUGUUUCGGAUAAGGAGCAAACAUGUUUAAAAAAGCAAAGMGAUCAAAUUUAAGACGGAGAAAUGAGUCGGACGAGGACGAGAAAGAGGAAAGUCAGCCAGCCCAGCCGCCAUGCGGGCCUUUGGCCGAGGAUAACCCGAUGCUCGAUGCCCCCAGCACAGACAUCUUCUCCGGGGUUAGCAUGGACGUGCACCACGGCAACGGGUUUCAGUCAAAGGCCAUAAAGAAGGAAAAGAAAACCCGGGAUGCAGGGGGUGCCCCGAAAGCCAGUUUGCUGAGCUUUGACGACGAUGAAGACGAGGCGGAGGUAUUCAGAGUAAAGAAAUCUAACCACAGCAAGAARAUCGUCAAGCAGCUGAAGAAAGAAUACAAGGAAGAUCUGGAGAAGGUGUGCUAUGUUAAACAAGAGCCCAACACCGGAGCCAGCCAGCAGAGCAGCAGUGAGCAGGGAGAGGAGAGAUGGGAAGUGGACAGUACGGAUGAACAGGAGCCUAAGACACACAGCCAGAGCCUCACCUCCAAGACUCCCACUACAACUGCAGCAGGAGCCUUCUCAAACCCAGCACCUUGUCCACUCAGCAACCUACGUCCAGGUGAGAUCCCGGACGCGGCCUUCAUCCACGCGGCAAGGAAGCGUCGUCAGAUGGCGAGGGAGCUAGGCGGCGACGCCCCCCUGGUGGAGACGGACACGCCCAAGAAGCGUCUGGUCCGAGAGGAGGAAGAGGAGGGAGACGGGAGCGACGAUGAAGACGAAGAUGAGAAGAGGAUCAGCUUCAGUGGAGUCAAGAACAAGAGCCAGAGGACCAGGAUAGCAGAAGAGAUAGGACCCAUGCGGUUAGCUAUUCUGCUCAAGACCUUAGCUCCAUUCUACAUGACCCAUCGGCUGAGCCAGAUGCGUGUGGGCCAUGAUGCUAAUGCUAAGCGCUACGAUCAGAUCCAGGAAGAACUCGAGGCAGCUCAGAACGCCAUUCACCGGCUCGAGGGUUCAUCCAAUGACGACGCAGAACAGUAUAAAUUCUUGCAAGAGAUGCGAGGGUAUGUUCGAGACUUGCUUGAGUGUUUCGGUGAAAAGGUUCCCACCGUGGCGGAGCUGGAGGGCAACAUGCACCAGUUACUAAGGCAACGGGCCUGUCGGCUGGUCCAGCGGCGCCAGGAUGAUAUUAAAGAUGAAUCGGCGGAGUUUGCAAGCCUUUCAAGUAAGGCUGUGAUGGCUCCUAACCUCAUGUCUCUUGACUCGUUUGGGAGAGACAGGACAGUCUAUCAGGAGCACGCCAGACAGAGAAGGAUCGCAGAACGAGAAGCCAGACGAACGCGGCGGCGGCAGGCGCGGGAGCAGAACGGGAAGAGGGCAGAGCAUCUAGAGGGGCUUUCCUCCGACGAUGAGGAGACGUCGACCGACCUCACAUCGUACUGUCUGGAGAGAGGUACCUUCUGACCCUUCUACCUCUCACCUUCUGA